AUGGACGCCCCCCCAAGGUCCGAGAGCGCGUCACCGGCGAUGACGCCCAGACCCGCGUUCGGCCGCCUGCGGGCGCAGCACACCGUGUGCAAGAAGACGGUGAACGGGGAGGAUGUUGUCUUCUAUCGGGAUGCUUUCGCCACGACGGAGGCGGGCGAGGAGUGGUCGUUCUACUGCAUGUGCGACGGGCACGGCGGCGCGGGGGCUGCGAGCUUUGUCCGGGCCAACAUGGGCAAGGUGCUAGGGCCCAUGGUGCCCAAGACGCCUCUGCCGGACAUCGAGAGUCCAGGUGGGCGGCGGAUGUACUGCCGUCGGUGGGCCAUGGGCCCGCGCGUGGCCCCCAAUCACAAUACAGACGCGGCCUUACGCAUGGGGGAGAAUACCUUUUCGCUUGAAAUUGGGUGGCUUCGUGGCCCGAUGUACGCGGCCCAAAGAGGCCACGUCGGUUCCGAACGACGCAGCUAA